AUUCAAAAUGGAGAUUGUUAUCAAGCUGUCAACUGAAACGUCUUGUCUCGGACUUAUUUAACGCAUUUUAUUUAAAUGUCCAGUUGCUGUUCUUCGCACACUUACCAAACAAUGCACAGUCUGGGAUUGGGUUUUUUCGCUAGGGCCGCGGUUGGUCCAAACGCUUUACUUCGACUCUACUCACGCAAUUUCAAUGCUAGAAAAUGUUCCGAACGCCGGUACCAGUGGACAGGUGCUUGGGGCCCAGCAGGAUGGAUCAAGAACUACAGUCAGGAAGCACGUAAGAAUGAAUUGGGACAGUAUGUUUGCUAUCAUCUUCCACACAGGACCUUACUAAAAGUUCAAGGGCAAGAUACAAGAUCGUUUCUUCAAGGUAUUGUAACCAAUGACAUGGAGCUCUUUGUAGAAGAGGAACAGAACGUGUUGUAUGCGCACAUGCUGAACGUUCAAGGAAGGACACUAUAUGACAUUAUCAUAUACAGGUAAGGUUACAUGGCUAAAAUGCACUCAACUAAUGCCUUAUUGUAACAGCUACAUCUUGUUUACAGUCAGGCUAGCCAUAACCUCAAUUGUGGGCGUGGCUUGCUUAUCUAACUACUAAGUUUCACAUGAAAGUUACUGUGCAGCAGUUAGACUGUUUCAAUUAGUUACUAGAAACUCAGGCAUUAUAUACAUUUGAAGUACCCCCAACCUGACAUUCUUUCUUUUAUUGUUAUUUAGGUUGAAAGAAGCCGAAGCGGGUUGUGGUGUUCUGGUCGAGUGUGACACCACCAUAAAGGACUUCAUUUUGAAACAUUUGAAGGUGUACAAAAUCCGCCGGCAGGUGAAGAUCAGCCUCUGUCCAGAGCUUUCUCUAUGGGCUGUGUUGCCUCAGGGAACAGCCCCAGGCCAGGAGAGGCCCAAGCCAGGUCUCACUGCCCCAGAAAAAGCUCUGAUGUGGGAGGAAGAUCCGAGAACUGAAGCCAUGGGCUGGAGGUUGGUGGUGGACAACAAAGUCGAUCCUCUGGAAAUUAUUCCAUCGUGUCAGCAAGGCGACUCAGAAGAGUACCACAGGCACCGCUAUGCAAUAGGUAGGACCAGCCAACAAGAGGUUUAAGUGGUGGAAAUGGUUUGCUUGCCUCAUGUAAUACUAUGUGCUGUAGCCAACUCUGGCUGUAUAGGGUCAACUACUGGGUUGUUGUCAUGCCAUAUACGAUAGAACAGUUGGCUGCAGCAUACGGUAUGGAAUAUGGCUAGCAGGGCUGUUGGAUUCAAGUUAUUCCUGUAAGCACACUAUGUUUCUAUCUACCCGUUUCUCCUAGGACUUCCUGAGGGGGUGAAGGACCUUCCUCCUGGGGUGGCUCUUCCUCUGGAGUCCAACCUGGUCUACAUGCAGGGCAUCAGCUUCAGUAAGGGCUGUUACAUCGGCCAGGAGCUGACCGCCAGGACUCAUCACACUGGGGUGGUGCGAAAGCGUCUGAUGCCUGUACGCAUGUCAGCACCAGCUGAAGGCCUGGAGGAAGGAGUAUCGCUACAGACCCAGUCUGGCAAGCCAGCCGGGAAGCACAGGGCCGGGGUUGGAGAGCUGGGCCUGAGCCUGAUCCGCCUGGCUCACGCUAAAGAGCCACUGACACUCAAGGCAUCUGAGGACACCACAGUGACUCUGGAGGCCUCCGUGCCAGACUGGUGGCCCAAAGACUCUAAAGCCAAAUGAGGAUAGAGGUAUUUAUUGACCCCAACAAUAUGAAACGCACAUAUGUUCAAAAGAGCCAUAUAAUUUCUACAUGGAUAGGGUCCACCUAGUACAGUAUUUCACUGGUACCACUAGCAACCAUGUCUGACAUACAUUUUACUUUGUUUGCAGUAUUGAAAUUGCUUUAGUUCCUGAAAUUAUAAUUUGCCUGUUUUCCUUGAGACUAUGCUGUUUGCCAGUUGUGCACCACCAUUUACUAGCCAUUGUCAGAAUAUUACUUUAUGUAUCUCUGGUGUAAUAAACAUACAAGGACAC